CCAAUUUUUAUUCGCUUUUUGUGAGAAUAAAAUAUCUUUUGUUUGUUGUCUCAACAACACGCAAUAAGACCAACGUAAUCCGACAUCGCCGCUGGAGCUGCUGCUUGCUACACGGACCAACCAUGUGGAUCAUUGGAUUUGAAGUCACAUAUGGACAAGCGCUGGCACCACCAGGGUAUCAUCGUGUGACCAAUGCAGAAGGUGCCGCCGCCGAAAUCUCGCCGCAGACGUACCUAUGGUACAAGUUGCAAGCUCCAGACCACGACGUGUUGCCGCCAGUGCGCGCUCUGCUUAUUCACACGCACCAAGUCGAUGGGUACGACAUGGUUCCCAAGCCGAUCGUUCGGUCUACGACUACUCCGGCAUCGACAUCACCCGCAGAUUCCACAGACGUGCCCGCGAUGUAUCUACUGUACUCCACAUUCGUCGACGACGACGAUGCGAAGGUACUGUUGCCCAUCAAGGAGCUGCGUAUUGACAACAUACCCGGCAGCACCACCAAGCACUCUGCUUUCAUCGAGUCGAACAACACUGUACCAUCAUCGUCCCUUGCCGCCUUCGAAUGGGUCAACGUCGUGCAGCCUCCCGCCGCUUCCGACGAUCCCAAUCCCACGUCUGAACACCUCCUGACAUCCAUCCAUGCCCAUCUCUCGCACCACCGCCUUUGUCUCAAGCGCGCCACCCGUGCCGACGUGGACGAUUUCGAGGCCACGACAGCCGCCGCCGUCGCCGCCUCAUCGAGUCCAUUGUCGCGAUAUGCCGUUGGAACGUGGGUGGACGUGCUGGACUCGACCUCUACCGCGCUUUCCCCUCGGUGGCGAGCUUCGCAAGUGAAGGCCAACACGAGCGUCACCCCCUCACGGUUGCUGCCGCCGCAAGCGCUGGUGCUGCUGCUCCCCCAAUACCGAGCCCCGCACAAGGAACUGGUGGUGCUGGGAGCCCAAGUGCGAGCCAAGGUGGCCCCGCUAGGCUCCCACACCAACUUGACGCUGUCGCCGGCGUACCCGACGCUCCGUGCGACGUCCAUGCGGCGGCUGCUCGUGCCCGCGGACAUUGAAGCCAUCCACCAAACGCUGGACGAAUCCUUCUUUGAUAUGCACUUGGUGUACUUUCAGAGCUGCUUGGUACCGUUUGUCGAAACUUGCAUGGCAUCUCCAUGUCGAGAUGUGGACACGGCGAGGGCGAUGCAGGCAUUUCUCCAGAACUGCCUCAAGCACUGGGUCGCCGCGGUUCUCGGCGACGACGACUCGAUGAUUCCGCCGCCAGUGUAUCCGUACGCAGUCGUCGCGUUGAUCAAGUUGCUCUGCAACGGCUACGACGUGUGCAGCGCGUUCUACCAGCCCGAUGGCCACGCCGCGCACUGGGAACGCCUAGACGAUUUCGAGCACACAAUGUACUUUGACAUGGCACCUGCUGGCCAAGUCGUGCCCCGAUUGGCACCGUGCAGAAGCGUCUACUUUGUGGAAAACAUCGAGUACUUUCUUCAAGCUGGCGGGUUGCGCGCCAUGCUACGGCGGGUGGAACGUGAAACAGGAGCAUCGAACGAACGGGGAGUGUUGGUGCCGCUGGCCGAGCUAGAUAUGUACCUGACGCUGCUCGGGCAUGCCAAGCCGAUUCUAAUGCCGACAGACGCCGACGUCGACGUGCUCACGCGGCUGUUCCAUGCGUCCUUUGAUCGCCUCAACCAAGUCACCCCCGCCGACCUCCACCAGGACCUUGAACUGGUCGUGGAAUCCGUGCUCGAUCGAAUCGAUGCCUUGAUCUCAUCGUCGUCGUCGUCGUGGCUGCUGCAUGCGACAUCGUUUGACGAGCGACUGGAACUUACACGGAUCAACAUGGCGUACCAGUACGUGAGCUGUCGGUCGCUAUCGCACCAGCUCACGGGUAUCCACCAGUUGGUCGAGUGGCGAGCCAAAGCCCAGGCCCUGGACGACCAUCUGGCCUCCCAUCCGUCUGCGACAACGUCCGCCACGAAACGAGUCGGGUCGUUGCAACGGUUGUCCUCGUUGAUCACAAAAACAGCGUCUACAUUUGUCACCACUCCCACGUCCAUCUCGUCGUCCAUCUCGUCGUCUUCUACCCCGUCGAGGGCGAGAUGGCUCACGUCGGGGGCGUUGGCUCGCUGGCUCCGCCGCGCCAACGUGCUCGAGCUCUUAUUGGGCGACCCCACCGCCGUCACCCCGGCAAUAUCUGUCGUUCGAGACGCCCAUGUGGAAGUAUGGAAACGAAGUACGCCGCUGCUUGCGCUGCUAUCCCAGCACGGACUCCUCACAGAAACGCACCUGACGCUGCUGUGGCACCUCGGAAGAAAGCACACGACGCGGCGCAAGAUCGUGUACGAGAUGCUGCUGCAGCUGGCAUCGUCCAUGAACAUUCCGCUCUUGGACGCCAUCGCUCGACUCUUGCAUGACACGAUCCCCCUCGCCGACUACGACGGCCUGACCAUCCAUUUCCUCACUCGAAUCACCCGCCUCGCCAACGGAAAAGCACACUCAGCCCGAACAAAGGCGGCGGUUGAAGUCGCCACGCUCACCAAGGUGGCGGCGCUGGGUGUCGACAUGCUCUGGACAGCCACGACCCAAGCCCCCCAUCAUGCUAUGCAUCAAGAGUUUAUCACGGCGUUCGCCACGUUGCUCCAUGAAAUGCACGUGAUUGAAGCUACUCAUCACAUGCAUGAUGGAGCUCCCAAUACUCGAGAACGAUACAUUCAACUGUGUGUGCGCGCGCUGGCGGCGGCGCCGCACCAACAUGAACGAGAUAUUGGUGUGCCCGUGGAGCUGGCGCUGCGCGUUUUGCAAGCGAUCAUUGAAGGAUAUGUACGUACCCAAGUGGAUUUGAGUCGUGUGACGUCUUCCGUGGAAGCUUCGGCGAUCAAAAAUGCCAUCAAAUUGCACCCGCUGCACCCGUUUAUCGACGAACUAGUCACGACGUACCAACUGGUGGACGUGGUGGUCGCCGUCGUUCGGACGGGGGGGGUUGCUUCUACCGCUCCGUGUCUGGCGUUUCUGGGGUUUCUACUCACUUCAUCGGGACUAACACUGGACAAGGCUCAUAUAAACGCACUGUACAGAUCAUUGCACACGAGUCGACGUAUGCAAAUGUACUUUGCCUGGUUGACCGACGUCCUUCCAAAGUGUACGGAAACGUCGCAAGCUAUGGCUGUGUUGCCCGACAAGUUUGUCAGCAACGGCGCGUUCACCGAGGACGAUGUCGAAGCCAUCUUUGCCCACCAAUUCUCGACUCCUUCUGCGAUGGACACGGUGGAAUUUGACUGCUUUGAGCGGCUAUUCCGGUAUGUGAAUGGCGCGAUCUACCGCAACCUGUCGGACGUCCAUCUCCCCGACGACUUUUCAGUGAAUGUGCCGCUGCCCGACUUGCACGGGUACGACACGCUGCUGGCCAUUGCCACAACGUGCCACGUCAUCGCAGUGGCAGAUGCGGCGCAGCAGUACCUUGUGUACCUGUUGCUGCAUCUGUCGCCAGCAACUUUCUCUGCAACGUCCAAACAACAGCACUCGCGCCGAGACAUUUGGCUCCAGUUUGCCGUGUGGUGCAUGUCCCACGUGUACGACGCCAUGUCAUUGGCCAAAACUAGCGUUGCUCGACGAUUGCUGGAGCUGCUCGCCAUGUUUCUAUACCACGCACAACCGAUGGGCUGGCGGGGCGGCGGCGACGACCCCCAAAGCGGGCGAGUGCCGGACGUGGCCGUCGUCUCCAACGACCUAAUGGUGUACAUCAAGAUGCAGGACGGACGGACCAGUGCGCCGCUCAACUACUCGCUGCCAGGAACGUGUCUAGUGGGGGAGCUUCGAGAUCGAGUUGCGGCCGACGUUGGGCAUUUUGCCGACAGGAUUCGGCUGCUCACAGAUACCAAGGUCAAGCUAACCGUGUCACAACACGAUGGACUAACGCUGGACGACGUGUCUAUCUUUGCAACUGUGACGUCGUCCAAGAAGAAGAAGGCGUAUGUCGAAGCGAUCGUGUUGAAAAAACCUGAAGUGGACACGGCCGGACACAAAAAGUCGACCAAAAAAGCGAAGCUCCUCCGUGGCGACGCGGCCGCCGACUGGGCCGCCGUCGCGACGUACCUGGCGUCCACGUGGGUACCGUCGCUGCUCGAGAUGCUGGAGGACCCUGCCGUGUGCGACACUGUGUGGCGCGUCCUCGCGCGGCUCCCCCGUCAGCCAUCCCCGUCGUCGUCUGUCCUUUCAACGUCGCUGCCGACGCUCAUCUUUCAAAUGGAUGAUCCGCCGUCAAAGGUAGUGGCACCGGACGUGGCAAUCCAUGUGCGGGAGGUGCUGCUGCACCAUACUGCCGUCCUCUCCAGUGCCAAGAACCUGCUCGUAUGGCACGGCUGGUCGCUCAUGUUUGCCACACUGGACCGAGCGUUGCAGCCACAUGUUGACGCCAAUCCAGUGACGUGGCCCGAUAACGAUGCUGGAGUGUGGGAUAUGGUGCUGUGCAACGUGCUGGACAUUGCACAUGUCAUCCUCUCUAGCCAGCAGCUACUACCAACAACAACUUUCACGGCAUCGCAGACGGGGGUAUCCGCAACGGAUGGGCCUACUGGCACGUCGUCGCAGCGGGUCGUGUACUCGCCAGCUCCCCUUCUAGACAACCCCGACUCUGUGUGUGAACUAGCGUUGGUUCAUGCAUUGUCGUUGGUGUGCCAACUACUUGUUGUGGAUCGUAAGACGAGUCUGGCUACGACAUUUCAGCAGCAUCCACAUGUCCAGUCAGUGUUGGUGGGGACAUUAGACCAUGCGUCGUCGCGGGUGCGCGGGGAAGCUGCCAAGACAGUCCAAAGCGUGUGCAACAGCACGUUGAACCCGUCGUCGUGGCAGGUGUUGGUGCCGUCUUGUGUGACACUGUUGGGGUCGUACGACGGCCCCGUGACCCACGGUGAUUUGUUUUACUUGUACGGAGACAUUGUCGCCAAACAGCAACAAGACAAACAGUUGCGCUCGGUUCACGAGCAGAGUCAACGUGCCAUGGGGAGGCUCUUGGCGCGACUGCAAUUGGUGGCCACGACGCCCGACGACGAAGCUGAUCAUGUGCUGGAAGGGCUGCUCCAUACAUUUCUCGGUUGGAUGGAGCCACCACCACCACCCAGCAACGAACAAGCAAGCAACGUGGAUGAGAUGGAGGUAGUGUCGACACAUACCGAGUGGAUUACUCCAGCGUUGGUAGUUGAAGUGUUUGACAAGUGCUUGUUUCCACCAUCGACGACGACGACAUUGGCCAAAUGCCGAAGCCGUGGCUCUCGAUCCGCCGCGUUUCAAUUGCUCUUGCAAUGUGUCGACGUAUCUCCAGCAUUGGCGCUGCCAAUCGUGCUGGCUCGCAUGCUCCCCCAGCAUGCAUUUGAUCGGAAACCUCCAAAAAUCGAUAUCAAGCACUCAACCUCCUCUUCUCUUUCCUUGUCAUCCAAGGCGACGAGUCCGAAACAACCAACGACGCCCCGCGGACCGUUUGUCGGGCUCAAGAACCUCGGGAAUACGUGCUACUUUAACGCGAUCGUGCAGAUGGGUUUUAUGUUUCCGCCGUUUCAGCGCUUGGUAUUGUCGUGUGAGUCCGAGUCGUCGCCCGUCCUGUUCCAGCUGCAGUCGCUGUACGCGCACCUCCGCGGCAGCUCCCGUCCAUACGUUAACCCACUGGGCCUGCUGUCUGUGCUGAAAACUAACACGGGCGCCGCCGUCAAUGUCAAGAUGCAGCAAGACGCGAGCGAGUUUCUCACGUCGUUUCUCCAGCAGCUGGAGGCAGAGAUCAACAACGGCAAGCAGCACGACGUCGAAGCGGCGUUUGCAAGGGCCCUCGGAGGAGUCUUUAGCAAUGAAUUGGUGGCCGACGGCAACCGAUACAGCGAACGCACCGAACCGUUUCAUUAUAUUUCCGUGACUGUGCGGGAUAAAAAUACUCUGGUCGAGUCACUCGACAGCUGGGUCGAAGGCGACACGGUGAGUUAUACAUGGGACGACGACGACGACCACGGCGACAAGCAUGCGAUGGACACACACAAGCGGAUUUCCAUCCAAACGCUGCCGGAAUGCCUCAUUUUGCACUUGAAACGCUUUGAAUUUGACUUUGAAACGAUGCAACAAGUCAAAGUUCACGACCGAUUUGAGUUUCCCGUCGAGCUAGACAUGCGACGGUACACCAAGGAAGGCCAAGCUGCUGCGCGUCGACAGCUCCACGUCAUCGACGCCUCGAAUGCAUCGAUAGAGUGGCGGGCGCCAGAGUACUACCAGUACGACUUGACGGGCACUAUUGUGCACAUGGGUAGUGCCCAUUCCGGUCACUAUUACGCCUACUUGAAAGACCCCCAUGCAUCGUCCUGGUACGAGUUUAACGACACUGUUGUGACACCGUUCGACCCUCGACACUUGGCUGCCGAGUGCUUUGGGGGGGUCGCCGACCCUUCGGGGAAGCACACUCCGAGUAUGAAGACCCACAGCGCGUUCAUGCUCGUGUACACCCGUCGGAAACCCACGUUGGCACUCGUUGCUGAGCAACUUUCUCCGCCAAACAAGCGAUCGUUUGCCGGUACGAGUGUGGCAAUCAUGGCAGUCCUGCGGUUCAAACGCCGGGUUCAUCUCCACGCCCCUAUUACUACUAGUAGUACCAGUACCUCGAACAUCCCUUCGUCGAUUUGGCACGCAAUCCACGCGGAAAACCAAUCAUUUUGGCGAAAGCAAUACGUAGCCGAGGCCGCGUGCACAACGUUCACGUACGACUUGUGCCACAAGUACUCUUCCCACAUGGAAACGCUGGGGCUGACGAGUCUGGCUUUUCAGGUGGCUGCUACUUAUGUAUUUGGGACUUUGUGGCAGUGCCGUGAAGUGGCGCGUCUGCUGGCAUGGCGGCCGCUGGUGCUGUCGAUGGUGGGGACAAAUGAAGCCAGCAGUUUGUGGUGGAUAUACACUCUGGGAACGCACCCGACGCUGCUGGUGGACGUUUUGGUGGAGCACGAUCAAGAGCCGGUGCGCACAUUUGCCACGGAUGUGACACUGCGAGCGAUGGACAUGUGUGCUGACGUGGCACGCUGUGAGCCAAUGAUGUCCAAGCUCUUGACCGAGUUUGAUCACAUUCUAGAGUGUGAACACUCGUUUGUGGACCUCUUGCUCGCAUUUGCGCGAAAGGGACCAGAAGCAAGCGCAUGUCUCGUUCAUCGUCACCACCUCGUGGCGAAACUGGUGGGGAUGAUGGUCACUGGGAAGAACGCUCAACCUGUCCCCCCGACCGGCGACGAGUUUCUUGUGCGUCCCCCCAGUGGCCUCCAGCAUGCUUUCCAUACCCCCCCCCUUCCCCCCAAGGUCCUCAUUGGCGACGAGCACCUGUGGCAACUGCUCGCCCUCGUCCUCCAACACGUGCCCCGACGUCCCUCUGUGACUUCCGCCCUGCCCGCCGCCUCUUGUGUACAAUACCUCCCCACGACACUGGACGAACCAGAUAACGCAUUGUCGUCGCACGACUGGAUGUGUCUGCUCACCCAUCGCGCGUCGAGCUACAGCGCCGAAACUGCGCCGUGGACGACGGUUGUGACUACGAUGUGCUGGGAAUCGCCACAGUUCUCGAUGGCAUGGCUCGAUUACCUGCUAGAUGCGAUCGAAGACGAGGACCACCAUUUACUCAAGCCGUACUUUCGGACACUGCGGGUGCUGCUGGCAGUGGACGACUCGAUUGCGUCCGACCGGAUGGCGGCGGGUAUGACGAGGCUGAUUGCAAUCAUGGCGUCCCAGCAAAAGUACUUUAAAGCUACGGAAACCACCCUUGACAUGCUCCUCCGCAUGGCCAAACGUGUGCCCAAGGUAAGCGUGUGGCUGCAUGAAAACCAGCGCAGUUGGUCGUGGGCUGAAAAGUGGCUGCUCUCGCAUCGCGGCGCGGACGGGUACCUCCAAACGCAACGGACACUGCUGACCAAACCCAAGUCCACGAGCGGAUGGCGCGAUGUCAUAACAUCCCACCCGACGCUGGUCAAGAACGUGGACAAGUCGAUUGUGAAGCUGGUGCCGCGGCUGCGGUCGCUGCUGGCGUCGGCGUCCGUCCCCGUCGACGACAUGUACGACAGCGACGACGACCCGAUGGACCUCGUGGGGAAAAAGGUGCGCGUCAAGUGGGCCAAAGAAAAGUGGUAUACGGGCGUUGUCAACAGCUACAACCCCACGACCCGCGAGCACGCCGUGUUUUACGAUGACGGAGACAAGAAAAGCUAUAAAAUGGCCGACAAAAUAUUCACCCGACUACCAGACGCCCAACACUUGGCCUAAGUGGAAUAAUAUAUGUACUGUCUCUUGGG